CGCGCGUCUUGUCAAUCAUCUCCCUGGCGAAGACCUGAUCCUCCGUGAGUACUGAGGGAUGAAACGGAAACGAAUGUAUGCCCUUAACCACAGCAAUGAGUGAGUCAUCGUCCUUUCACUCACAGAAGCUUAUUUCAUUGGCCCGAUCACUGUCUGGGGUCGGACUCGACGCCGCCAAUGGAGGCCCUGUCAACCUCGAUGACAAUGACGAGCCUCCACCUCCGGAGUCUGGCAUUGAGCUUGGCCCUGGGCUUUUUUUUGCUGAUGGCAAGAGGAAAGUGGACUACGUGCUUUGCUACAAAUACAAAAAAAGGAGAACAUCAAAGCCGCGUCUUUCCCUUUCAUCUAACGGGAGUCUACCGAUACCUAUACCAAUGCCAAUCCCGAUACAAGGUCGAUGGGAAGCGGAAGCAGAGUCUGGGGAGCCGGGAGCUCAUGCGGGAGACGCGGAAGAGUCCAAGCUUACUGAGGAGGAAAAAGCUUUAAUGAGGGAGGAGUUUGAAGCAGGCCUGCUGGAGGCUGGGCUACAGAUUGAGCGUGAUAAGGAGAGGUCAAACGGCAUCGGGUUUAUUCGACUGCACAUCCCAUGGUCAAUACUGAGCCGAGAAGCGGAGCUGCAGAAGAUCAAAGUCGCGGUAAAAAAGAAAUGUGAAUUGCGGAAACGGACAGGCAUCGCUGGGAUGUGGGAUUCUGUUGCCACUAAAAUCAACACACCGUUUCAGCCGGACGUCCCCGAUUUUGACAUCCAGAGAGACUCCCAGACACGCGUCAAUUUUAAAACCCUCAAACACCCUUUUAUCAGAGACAAACUCCAUCUCUAUGACAUCAAGUCAACAGAGACUCUGUUUGACAGUGCGACGCGGAGCAGAAUAGUAGCUGAGAUUAUUUCGCGUACUACCUGCAGACACUCUUGCCAAACUACCGGCAUCAACUCUUUACUGGCUCGGGGUGUCUAUGUUGCUGCUUUCCCUCUGCAUGACGGGUCAUUCACAAGGAGAGGACGGAAAGAUCAGAGAAAUGAUAGACAGCUCCUCCAUGAAGAAUGGGCUAACUAUGGAGUCAUGCAUAAAUACCAGCCUGUAGAUCUUAUCAGGAAGUACUUUGGAGAACAGAUUGGGUUGUAUUUUGCAUGGCUGGGUGUUUAUACUCAGCUCCUCAUCCCUCCUUCAGUACUGGGCAUCAUUGUCUUCCUAUACGGCAUACUUACUGUGGAUACCAAUGUGCCAAGUCAGGAGACGUGUAAUGACAGCUUGAACAUCACCAUGUGUCCACUUUGUGAUGGCGUGUGCGACUACUGGCGUCUGAGUUCGGUGUGCUCAUUGGCCCGAGCUUCAUACCUGUUUGACAAUGGAGCCACUGUCCUCUUUGCUAUUUUCAUGUCUCUGUGGGCUGCAUGGUUUCUUGAGCACUGGAAAAGGCGGCAGAUGUAUCUGAAACAUACGUGGGACCUGACGAGCCUCGAGGAUGAGGAGGAGCGAGUCCAGGAGGAACUGAGACCUGAAUAUGAAGAAGCACUGCAGGAGAAAAAAGCCAAGAUGAAAGCACAGUCUGCAAAAAAGAUGACUCAGUCUGGGGACGGUAGAGAUGGAGAAACAGACCAGAUGCUGGCCUACCAGCAAGAGCCCGAGUCACUGGACAUAGAGGAUCACAUGUCAGGUUAUCUCAUCAAUAUAUCCACCUUACUACUGCUGAUAUUCAUCACCUUCUCAGCGGUGUUCGGGGUGGCAGUUUACCGCAUCUGCAUGCUGAGUGUGUGGUCCAUGAACCCUGAUCCGGAGGCCAAGGCUAGCGUUAGGAUGACAGUCACAACCACAGGCAUCAUCCUCAAUAUGCUGGUUGUUCUGGUGUUGGAAGAGGUCUACGGAGCGAUCGCCGUGUGGCUAACUGAGCUUGAACUUCCAAAGACAACGGAGGAGUUUGAAGAGAGACUAAUAUUCAAGUCCUUCUUCCUCAAAUCCAUGAACGCCUUUGCACCAAUUUUCUAUGUGGCCUUCUUCAAGGGCAGGUUUGCUGGGCGGCCUGGCGAUUAUGUUUAUGUCUUUGGAGACUAUCGCAUGGAGGAGUGUGCCCCUCCUGGCUGCCUCAUUGAGCUGUGCAUCCAGCUCAGCAUGAUCAUGCUCGGAAAACAACUCAUCCAAAACAAUGUGUUUGAGAUACUCGUACCUAAGUUGAAAAAGAUGUACAGAACAAUACAGGAACAAAAAGGAAAGAAUAGAGGAGCAGAAGAUGAGGACAGUGAAACAGAGGGGAAGCGACCGAAACAGCAGUUUGACAAGGAUUUCACCCUCGAACCGUUUGAAGGUGUCAGUCCAGAAUACAUGGAAAUGAUAAUCCAGUAUGGGUUUGUGACUCUGUUUGUGGCCUCCUUCCCGCUGGCACCAGCGUUUGCGCUGCUCAACAAUGUCAUCGAGAUUCGCCUCGACGCUGCAAAAUUUGUCACUGAAAUCCAGCGUCCCGAUGCUGUGAGGUGCAAAGACAUAGGGAUUUGGUACGACAUCCUUUGUGGAAUCAGCAAAUUCUCUGUCAUCACCAAUGCAUUUGUCAUCUCCUUCACGUCAGAGUUUGUUCCACGAAUGGUUUACCAGUACAUAUACAGCGCUAAUGGCACCAUGAGCGGAUACACGGAGCACUCGCUGUCCUACUUCGAUGUCAGCAACUUCCCCUCUGGCACAGCGCCAAACACCACCCUUAUCACUGGAGUAUCCAUGUGCAGGUAUAAAGACUACAGAGAUCCUCCGUGGGCAACAGAUUCAUACACCUUCUCUAAACAGUACUGGUCUGUCCUGGCUGCAAAACUGGCCUUCGUAAUUUUCUUCCAGCUCUAUGAAGAACCCUCAUCGGGCACAGUUAAAGAUAUGGAGCUUCCCCGCUCAGGCUCCAAUCAAGAAUGCCAGAAAGGUGCUGAACCUCUGUCACAUUCAUCGUGUAAAAGAGGAUCAUCCCAGAGUCUGAAGAUCUCCACGGAAGGGAUUACAACAACAGAUGAUGAAACUAAGAGCUUCUCAUUAAUUGCACCUCCUCCCAGAGAGCCAGGCUCAAAGGCCAAGGCCCGAUGCUCCACCCUGCCUUCUCGCCACAGAGGGGCUGAGGCUUGCUACAGCCUGCCAAGGCCCAGCCACUCCACCAGCCUCACCAGGUUCCAGCAGAAGUCCACACUUAUUCCCCUGGUUUCCCUGGACCCUUCAUCAUCAGCUUCUCCCAGCCCAUUAUCUCCCACACACACACAGGCAUCCGCAUCAUCUACACAGCCUCUACUUGCCCAACAGCACAAAGCCUCAACUGAACUGUUUGUGCUGAAAGGCCCUCCACCCCAACAGCCACGCUCCAGGGCCAAAGCCCGGUGCUUAACCCUGCCUCCAAGACAAAGAGCACAGGGUCCUGAGGAGGACUCUAAAAAGCCUAGCCAUUCCACCAGCUUUACAAAGCUGGAAGACCGUAUCCCGCCUUCCCCCAGUGAACUGAAGCGCAACAGACCAGUAUGAGGAGAGCUGCAAGGCGAAGUGGAAGAGAAGGAGGGUGGAGGAGGGAGGGAGAGGACUAUUCAGAUAACCUUCUCCUGUCUGUGCCUGGAGGCACACCCUUCAGUCCCCACUGCAUAUACCUGUGGUGUGAAAGGAAACAUCAAUGGAAACUCCUUUUUAUCAUGUUACUCCUCAUUAUACUGCUCAGUGGUUUAGGGCUAAACCUAACAAUGGGGGUGCUGGGCAAUUCAGAGAAAGACUGCUCUGAAAGUCUCCUUGCUAUGACCUGUGAAAAAAACCCACUGGACCGUAUUCUGUUUUAUUUCUGUGUAUAUUUUUUGGGCUGUUCUUUUUUGCCUACACUCACAUCUCAGUAGCCAAUGCUCCUCUGUUACUUCCAGUCCAACACAUGCAGCAGUGCUGCCUUGUAGGCCAGCUGAAGAUGAAAUUGUAUUCAUUGCAGCUAGAAUCAGCACGUGUGCUUUUAGAUUUAUGUUUAUCUUUAGAAGUUUUGAUAUAUAAACACAUGAACUUAUAAUAAAAGACACCCAUGUUUUUU